GCGCGGAACCGCGCAGCGGGCUCCGGGAAUGAAUGGGUCUUCCUGGCGCGAAGGGGAGAAGAAGAUGUCCCGCGGGGCGCCGCGCAGAGCCGCGCUCCCGGCCGCACCGCUCCUGCUCCUGCCGCUGCUCCUGCUCCGGCUGCCAGCCGCCGCCGCACUCUCCGGAGAGGGAAGAGCUAUAUGGUCGAGGAAUCCCAGUGCGAGCCCGGUGAACGCCAGUCAGCUGUUUCUCUAUGACACUUUCCCUAAAAACUUUCUCUGGGGUGUGGGGACUGCAGCUUUUCAAGUGGAAGGGAGUUGGCAGGCGGAUGGGAAAGGACCCUCCAUCUGGGAUCACUUCGUCCAGGAACGCCUGAAAGGUGUCAACGGCACUGCUGGUUCCAGUGACAGCUACAUUUUCCUGGAAAAAGACUUGUCAGCUCUAGAUUUUUUAGGAGUUUCUUUCUAUCAGUUCUCCAUUUCCUGGCCAAGGCUUUUCCCUAAUGGAAUAGCAGCAGUUGCCAAUGCAAAAGGUCUCCAGUACUACAAUGCCCUCCUGGACGCUCUAGUGCUCAGACGCAUCCAGCCCGUAGUUACUUUGUACCACUGGGACUUGCCUUUGGCGCUGCAAGAAAAGUAUGGGGGAUGGAAAAAUGAAUCCAUGGUAGAUAUCUUCAAUGACUAUGCCACAUACUGCUUUCGGACAUUUGGGGACCGCGUUAAAUAUUGGAUUACAAUUCACAACCCAUAUCUGGUUGCCUGGCACGGGUACGGAACAGGUAUACACGCUCCGGGAGAAAGGGAAGAUAUAGCCACUGUCUACGCCGUGGGACACAACCUGAUCAAGGCUCACGCAAAGGUCUGGCACACCUACGACAGGACCUUCCGCCCGCACCAGGGAGGCUGGCUGUCCCUCACGCUGGGCUCCCACUGGGUCGAGCCAAGCCGCUCAGAAGCUGCCGCGGACGCUGCGCGGUGCCAGCAGUCGGUGGCGGCCGUGCUGGGCUGGUUCGCGGGCCCGGUGCACGGGCGCGGGGACUACCCGGCCGGCCUGCGGGAGGAGCUGCGCGCCGCGCUGCCGCGCUUCUCGGCCGCGGAGCAUCAGCAGGUGAGGGGCACGGCCGACUUCUUCGCCCUCUCUUUUGGCCCCAACAACUUCAAGCCCCCGAGUACCGUGCCGAAAAUGGGACAAAAUGUGUCCCUCAGUUUGCGACAAGUAUUGAACUGGAUCAAGCUGGAGUACGGCAACCCCCGAAUCCUGAUCGCCGAGAACGGCUGGUUCACAGACAGCCACGUGGCCACGGAAGACACCACGGCCAUCUAUAUGAUGAAGAACUUCCUCAACCAGGUUCUGCAAGCCAUACGGUCUGAUGGAGUUCAAGUGUUCGGUUAUACCGCCUGGUCUCUCCUGGAUGGCUUUGAGUGGCAGGAUGCUUACACCACCCGCCGCGGGCUGUUCUAUGUGGAUUUCAAUAGUAAACAGAAAGACAGGAAACCCAAGUCCUCAGCACAUUACUAUAAACAAAUCAUACAAGAAAAUGGUUUUCCUUUAAAAGAAUCUACACCCAAGAUGCAGGGUCGGUUUCCCUGCGACUUCUCCUGGGGCGUCACUGAGUCUGUUCUUAAGCCCGAGCUGAUGGCCUCCUCCCCACAGUUCACCGACCCUGGCCUGUACGUGUGGAAUGCCACAGGCAACAGACGGCUGCACCGCGUCAAUGGGGUAAAGCUGAAAACACGCAAGGCCCAGUGCACAGAUUUCCUCAGCAUCAAAAAGCAACUGGAGAUGCUGGCUAGAAUGAAAGUCACCCACUUCCGGUUCGCUCUGGACUGGGCCUCUGUCCUCCCCAGCGGCAACCUGACCUCCGUGAACCGCCAGGUUCUGCGGUACUAUAGAUGUGUGGUCAGUGAGGGUCUGAAGCUCAACAUCUCGGCGAUGGUCACUCUGUACCACCCGACGCACGCCCACCCGGGCCUCCCCGGGCCCCUGCUGCGCAGCGGGGGCUGGCUCAACCUGGCCACAGUGCAGGCCUUCCAGGACUAUGCAGGGCUGUGCUUCCGGGAGUUGGGGGACUUGGUGCGGCUCUGGAUCACCAUCAAUGAGCCCAACCGACUGAGCGACACCUACAACCGCACGGGGAACGACACCUACCGGGCGGCGCACCACCUGCUGCUGGCCCACGCGCAGGCCUGGCGCCUCUACGACCGGCGCCACCGGGCAGCGCAGCACGGGGCGGUGUCCUUGGCCCUGCACGCGGACUGGGCCGAACCCGCCAACCCCUUCGUGGACUCGCACUGGAAGGCGGCCGAGCGCUUCCUACAGUUCGAGAUCGCCUGGUUCGCUGAACCGCUCUUCGGCACGGGGGACUACCCGAGGGCCAUGCGGGAGCACCUGGCCUCCCGGGGCCGGCGCGGGCUGAUGGGCUCCGCGCUGCCCCGCUUCACCGAGGCUGAGCGCAGGCUGGUCAGGGGCGCCGCCGACUUCUGUGCCCUGAACCACUUCACCACCAGGUUUGUGAUGCACGAGCCGCAGGCGGGCAGCAGCUACGACGCGGACCGCGAUGUGCAGUUCCUGCAGGACAUCACCCGCCUCAGCUCGCCCACGCGCCUGGCUGUGCUGCCCUGGGGCGCGCGCAAGCUGCUGCGCUGGAUCCGCGGCCACUAUGGCGAUGUGGACAUCUAUAUCACGGCCAGCGGCAUUGACGACCAGGCACGUGAGAACGACUGGCUCCGCAAGUAUUACCUAGAGAAGUAUGUCCAGGAGGCUCUGAAAGCAUACCUGAUUGACAAAGUCAAAAUCAGAGGCUACUAUGCAUUCAAACUGACUGAAGAAAAAUCUAAACCCAGAUUUGGAUUCUUCACAUCCGAUUUCAAAGCCAAAUCUUCGGUGAAGUUUUAUAACACACUGAUCAGCAGCGGUGGCUUCCCUGCAGAGCACAGCAACCCCAAGUGCGGUGGGGCACCAGGGAUCAGAGAGUGUGCCAUCUGCUCCCUGCUCCUGCAGAAGAAGCCGCUGGUAUUCUUCGGGUGUUGCUUAUUCUCCACCCUGGUUCUGCUAUUAUCAAUCAUCAUUUUUCACCAGCGAAGGAGAAAACUCUGGAAAGCAAAGAACUUACAAAACAUACCACUAAAGAAAGGCCAAAAGAGAGUUCUUAGCUAGACUCAUCUUCUCUGUCAUGAUAUCAUAGAAAUGCACUCCAGUCCCAUGACUGCCACGGAGAAGGCAACGUGAGGCUCCACAGUCACCGGGGUGGUAAACUUGUCAUCUCCACACCAGGCUCAGGUGAAUGUCCCCUCACGUGUGACAGCAGCAAGUUCCAUUUUUGCUGCUGAAGAAUAAGGCUUCACCCUGCCAGAGCGCUGAGGACUCCCUGAUUGCUGCUUCAGGCAACAUGAUGAGCAGUUUCUUAUCCUUUUCCUCUGGACUUCUUUCCCAAAUACCAAUACCUACUCAUGGCAAAGGAAUUAUUAUUUUUUUUUUCAAAGGAAUUAUUUUUAAGUGAAAAUCUGGCAUGUUAGAUGCCACAGCAGAGAUUUUUGUCACUUCUAACAAGGUGUUUAGGUCAGGGUGGUCCUCAAAUGGAAAGCAAAACCACAACAGGGCAAGCAAUGCUUGCCUGAGGCCAGUUACAGCAGUCUAAAACAUGUAUCAGUUUUUCUCAGAAUUAUUCAGCAUUUUUAUGAUAUCUUUGUUGUGAGCUUUCAACCCUUAGAUUUCUCAUGUUUUAAAAAAAUUUAAUUCCCACCAUUCAUCCUGUGGAAAGAGACCAGGACUAAGAUUCAGGACAAGAGCCAAGAUGGGCUGCUGUGAAGACGGGCGCUGCUCAACCCCAUGGCAUAGUGGUUCCCCUUAACCGGCUUCCUUCCUCCUCCCUUUUUUUUUUUUGGCAGAACAGGGGAUUGAACUCAGACCCUUGCACUUGCAAGUGCUUGUUGUCCUGAGCCAUCUCCCCGACCCCAAUUCUCCCAAUUCUUAUGAUUGGGUAGAUUACUGCUCACCAUGAGACUAUACUAUUCCACAAGAAUUACUUUCCUCUGAAGAGUUUUGCUGCUUUUCACAUGAAUACAGGUAGCUUGAGGUACAGAAUGAAGCCACAUCUGGACCUAGCAACUUGUGACUGGAGAAAUUCAGUAUAUUGGUCUCAAUGAAUUAAUGUUUACCUCUUCAAACUAGAAUGUAUAAAUCUGAACUUGAAUACUCUAAUGGUUUAAAAUGAGCCAGGUGUGAUGGUGCAUGCCAAUAAUCCCAGGACUCAGGAGGCUGAGG